UAUGAAUUGGGUAUUAGGAAUUUUACUUGUGUUUCAGUACGCACACUGAAUUCAAUUGGGUUUUCUGCAAUUUUAAUUGCGUAAAUACGCAAAUAUGCAGCUUAUCUGGAGCUCUGAGUUUGUUUCUGGUUUCGUUUCUUAGAAAUCUGUGAGUUAUCAUGUGCAAAAAUCACGCAAGAUCGUGACAAGGAACCAGUCAGAACACUGAGAAAGAGAUACUAAAUUUAGAUGCAGUAUGGUUUUCCCAAAACUGGAGAUAUUGAGAGGCCCUCGGCGGGUGAAACAUCUAUUUCAAUAAAUACAGAAAGUGUUGGUCUUGAGAAUUUGCCUUAAAGAUGCAAUUUUUGCUGUCAAGACAGACAUGAAGUACAUUUUGAAUACAUGAGAUGAAAACUCUAUAGGCACUGAACAUGCAAGUUGUGCCAGUCAUAUAGUCAAAUGGUCAGUAAUAAAAUACAAUGCUUAUAAAACAUGGAAACAAGUAAUUUGAAUGGAAUUUCUGAAAGUCCAAAAAAUGUGGAAACACAAGAAAAGUAUGAAGAUAUACAGUUACAAACCUGCAAAACAGUAGAUGCUGACAUAUUUAAAGAAGAUGCAAGCAUUAAUGGAAUCAAUAUUGAAAAGAUAGAUGUUUGUGUAGCAGAACAGUUAAGUGAUGAUGAAGAAGAAGUUUCUAAUGAUGCUAAAAAGGAACCUGAUGUUGCAUUGCAUGAGGCGGAAUGUACAGUAAACAAUGGAGAAGCUUCUGUUUGUACAAGUAGUACAAACACUCUCAGUCAAGAUGUUGCUAAAUCCUUUUGCUUGCGACAUGACGGCACUGAAGAAAGAGUUAAACUCGUAACAUCCUAUGACUUGGAAUGUGUGAAUGCUGAAAAUGACGAUACAGAAAAAUUACAUGUGACUGAGGAUGUCAUUGUAAGAGAUGAGAAUACAUGUGUAUAUAAUAGAGAUGAUUUAAGGAUGAAAACAAGUGUGAAUCAUGAACAUGUUGGGGAACAUUGGGUGUCAAGAAAUAUGAAAACAUAUGAAACUCUUCCAUUCACAAAUAUUGAUAAAUUGAUGACUAAAUCUGGCUGUGAAGGAAGUGUGUUUCAUGAUUUACCUGAUGAGCUUAUUGUGAAAAUAUUCUCAUAUUUAACAACCAAAGAACUUUGUCAAAAUGUAGCUCCAAUUUGUCGCAAAUGGCGGCAGAUCUCACUAGACCACAGUCUCUGGAAAAGUCUUGAUUUUAGCACUCGCCCUCAUCUUUCAAGUUUAAAUUUCUUAUGGGUGAUGAGAAGAGCUCCUCUGCUUAAGAGACUUUUUAUCAGCGGUAGAGUGAAUGUCACACGUGCUGAAGUUGCCAUACUGACUGAAAGUUGUCCAGGAAUACAGGAAAUUGACUUUGGUUUCUGUGAUAAUCUUACCUGUGAUAUGUUACAAUGUCUACCCGAGAACUGUCAGGAUCUGAGGAAAAUUAAUGUGGAAGGGUGUGAUAAGCUUGAAAAUAGAACCCUAAAAUAUUUAGUAAAAUGUAAAAAAUUGUCACAUCUCAAUUUUUCACACUGCAUGUUUUUGCAAGACUCGGGCAUUAUCUUUCUAGCUGGUGGGCUUCCGGAGAUAAAAAGCAUUAAUUUGGAUGGAAUAAGUUUCCUGACAGACAGAGGGGUGAAAGGUUUGGUGGACAGUCACUAUCUCUACUUGGAAGAGGUGGAGCUAGAUGGGGCAGAAAUUUCGGAUGUAGGGCUUGAGCAACUUUCACGCUGUAAGCAGUUGAAACAUCUCGGCAUCUCCUUCUGUGAAUGUCUUACUGACCAGUCUUUAGAAUAUCUAAAGGAAUUAAAGAAUUUGGUCUAUCUAAGAUUACGUAAAGGCAGUGACUUCUCCUCUGAUGGUUUGUCUAGUUUCUUCAAAGAGGCUUCGUUAUCAAAACUACAGGUCUUGAAUCUGUCUGAGUGUUCGGCAGUCAAUGAUCAAGUUGUGCUUGACAUGUCACAAGCGUGUGGCAGUCACUUGAAGGAGCUGUCUCUGAGCUGGUGUUGGUUCAUCACAGAUACGGGACUCAUCUCUAUAGUGGAUCACUGCUGCAAUAUGGAGAAUCUGGAUCUGUUAGGUAUAGAUAGGAUCUAUGGCGAAUGCUUAUCGAGAGUUCCAGAGGAAAUGACAAAACUCAAGUUCCUUGAUCUCAGACAGUGCAAUCAGAUACUGGAUAAUCUCAUUGUUGACAUGGUUCGGCGGAAGAAGGAUCUAAAAGUGAUCAACUACUACGGGGAAGAGUUUGUGCAUGACUAGACAUCCGUAAUACAAACACUGCUGUAACAUGAAAAUUUGAUCUGGAGUGGUUCAUGAAUCUGGCCAUUUAUUGGUUCUUCCGGAAUGUGUUUCGACAUGGAAGUCUUUCAUUAGUUCUUUCUUGACAUAAAAAUCCUUCCUUUGUUGUUUGACAUGGAAGUCCUUCCUUUGAUCUUCAAGAAAAUGCAUUUACAUGGAAGUCCUUCCUUUUGGAUAUCAACUAGGAACUUCUUCAUGAAACUUUAUUGAGAUGGAAGUCCUUCCUUUGCUCCUUGACAUGGAAGUCCUUCCUUUGUUUACAGGAACUUGCAUUUUACUUAGUUAUGUAUAGGAGCAAAGCUAUGUUACUAAAGCUAAAAGCAUAGAAAUUGGAAUCAGCAUUACUAAUUUUUUUUGUUACUAACACUUUGAAGGCUUAGCCUCAUAUAUCCACACUUAGUCAAACUUGUCUUUUAAAGACAACCUUUGUAAAAAAUGUAAAAUGUGAUCUUUGUCAACGAUGAAGGUUUAAGAGAAAAAUGUUGUGGUUUUUAUUGUGAGGUGAUUUUGAUAUAGAUUUGAUGAUUCCUAUGAUUAGGAAAACAAUUAAUGUUACUAGGGUCAAUGGAGAUGUUAAAUUUUCUUUUGAAAGUACUAGAAAUCUAUUCAUUUAUUUAUUACUUUUUUUUUCAAGAUUUUUUAUGUUUAUUGAUUUGUUUUCUUAAGUUUAUUUUUAUUUAUUUACCUGUCAGAGAAAAAAAUGUUUAUUGAAACAUAAAACAUAUUUUCCUGUAGUUUACAUUCAUUUUUAUGUGUUAGUGAAUAGGUUAUGUAGGAAUGUUGCAAAUUAUGCAGUUGAUAUAAGGUGAAUUUCUCUUUUUUAUGUUUUUUUGUUUUGUUUUUGUUUUUUGUGUAUGAAUUUAAUUUUGCAAUAUCCAGACAUUAAGUAUGUAUCAAUGAGCUGUCUGAGGGUGGUAGUUGGAUCUUUUUUGAAUUAUUAAAAUAUCUUAGUUUAAUAAUUUCAGUGUAUGUUUCCUUAUGAAUUCACAAUAUCAGAAGAAAAAGUAUAUAUUUUUUUGAAAUUGCACAAAGUUUUUGUGUGCAAGAUGUUCUGAAAGUGUGAUAACAAUAUCUACACAAAUAAGGUCAAUGUUGAAUUUUAAACAUUUUGUUUUUGCAUCAGAAUAUGGCUGGAUUCACAAAGGAAAAUACUCCAUCAAUUUUUUUUUUUUUUUUUUUUGAUAAAUUCAUAAAUUCAAAAGUAAAGAUAUUUUGAAAAAGUUAUGGCCCUUUAUGUUGCCCGCCUGCAUAGCUCAAUAGGGAGAGAGCAGAUUUAUGGAUCGCUGGGUUGUGAGUUUGAUCCCCGGGUGGGGCAUAUAUUCUCCGUGACAGUUUGAUAAAAGACAUGGUGUGUACAGUCAUUUGUCCUCCACCUCUGAUUCAUGUGGGGAAGUUGGCAAUUACUUGCGGAGAACAGGUUUGUACUGGUUCAGAAUCCAGGAACACUGGUUAGGUUAACUGCCAGCUGUUGCAUAACUGAAAUAUUGUUGAAAAAUGGCAUUAAAUACAAAACAAACAAACAAACCUAGAAAACUUGUAUUUCUUUUUAUUAAGGUUGACUUUUCUUGAAUUCUGUAAGAGCUAUAGCUUUGAAACAUUGUACAUUUGUUUAUUAUCAUUAGAUUAGUAAAAAGGUCAAGAACCAUAACUCUCUCUUGCAUUUUGUCAGAAUUUUUGGCCUUUUUAACUAAGAAAAUCUGUAUUUCUUUCUUGUUUUUCGUUUAAGUUCACUUUUCUUGAAUACUUACUAUAGCUUUGAAACUUCAUUUUUUCCCCUCAUCAAUUUAGAUGUGUAAGAAGGCCAAGAACCAUAACUCUUUUCUUGCAUAUUGUCUAGCACCUUCAGAUGAGCAUUGGCACUUGCAGACAGUGCUCUUGUAUUUAAAGAGAAAUUGAGGGAAAACCUUGUUACAGAAAAGAUAGAGCAAAUAGUAAAUGAGCCGCACCAUGAGAAAACAUCCAUGCUGUUCACUUUCAAACCCUAUUGCAAUUAAAGAAACCAUUAGCGAACAGCAUGGAUCCUGACCAGACUGCGCGGAUGGGCAGGCUGGUCUGGAUCCAAGCUGGUCGCAAACGCACUAUGUUGGUUUUUUCAUGGUGCGGCUCAGAUGUGUUUUAGUUUUGUUUGUUUUAUUCCAUUUCUAAACUGUUCUGUUGUAACAAACAGUUUCAUUCAAAUUGAUGUUACUUUUAUUCCAGUCUUUCGUAACAGUACAUUAAAUUCAGUAUAAACACAUCUUGAUUGAAGUUAAAUCAUGUAACAUAAAUUGAUGAUUUAUACUGAAUUAAACUUGGUAAAGUUGUCUGUUCUAGCUACAUUUUAAUUCAGCCAGGAUUUUCAAAAUCAUUCUUAUUACAUGACUCCUAAUAUAAAUUGCCAGUCCAUAGUUAGUGCUAUUGAAAAGUCUAUAGCUGAACACUUAGUUUUGCUGGGUUAAAGACAAAACUUGCAGAAAAAAAUUAUGAAAAUAUAUUUCUGCUGUCGUGUUCUAUGAACUGCAGGCAGUAGUUUUGGCUAUUGCAUUGGAAGCCUUUCAGUAAGUGUAUUUAAUUUAUAUGAUUCAAGAUGUUAUUGUAGCAUCAUGCUUCAAAGUACUACUAUAAUCUUUUUUCUCGUCGCAAUAUUUAUCAUGUUAUUAACUUAGAGAUAUUCUCUACAUUUGACAAUUUCAGCAUUAGGAAACUCGUCAGUUUGCACUGUUUUCACUUUUAUGUACAGUUACUUGCAAAUAAAAGCACUUUCCGAAUUUCAAAAAAAAGGGACUUAAAUUGUGAAGCAUGUCUCCUAAAUAAUUUAAGAUAGAAAGUUUUGCUUAAUGCUACAUAGUAUUCACAAAAAUAUCCAAUUUUUCCCUCACAGUAUUUACUCUGUGACUGUUUCCAAUGUCAUCUGUGUUUUUCAACAGUAAUUUGUCUGAAACUUCCAUAUUAUAUUGGUGUUAUUAAUUUUCAUUUACAAACAUCAAAAGUUUUUUUCCCCAUUUUCAAGAAUUUUGAAAUUUAAAUCUUCAGGCAAAUCCCAUUAUUUAUUAUUUUCAUAGUACAUUGAUGUUGAAUAUUCUACUUGCACACAUAAAGGGGUAUAAUGUAAUAGAUGCAUGAAUUUAUAUACUAGUAUAAUGUUUUUUGCACAGACUUAUAAAACUGUCAGUUUUUUACUCUUUUAUAACUGUAUAUAUCUGUAUGAGGUUUAUUCAUGCUGUGAUUUGAGAUUCUUUCACCAGUUGCAGAUGUGGAUGGAAAUAUUCAACUUGAAGGUGGCUGUUUAGGUGGUCAAGUGACCACAAAAGAAGUUAUUCAAGAAUCAGAAAUUCCCGUCAGCAUCUGCAACCAAUGAUAAAUUCUUUGUUUUGCGUACCAUAUUCUUAAAAUGAUAGCAGAAAUAAAAUAAAGUAAAUAACUUUCUUUAAAGCACUGUUUUAUUAUACUAAUAGCAAUGAAUGAAUUUACACAUGCAUUCAUAAAUGUAAUAUCUUAUGACAUUAUUUACAGCAUGGGACUCUUCCUAUACCCAUAUGUGUGAGACUGUAACAUUCCUUCACUGGUUAUCCAGCUCUAAGGUAACCGCUAACAACGGAACUCGACAGACAAGUUCAUUAUAAAAAUUAAGCAGGGUCAAGGUUAACCAUCAAUUAAUAGCAAACAUACAAUCAGUCUAAUGACUUUCUUAUAGCACUUUUUUCUUACAGUAGCCUAUUUAAGAAAGUGCAUGAAAAUUGCAUCCAUAAACAGGAAAGACGUGAUGGUCCUAAAGCAAAAAAUUUAAGAGUUCAGGGUCCAGUUGUUCGAAAAUUUAUUCGGCUGUUAAACUAACCGUCUGUUAAAAAUUGAUUAAAAAUAUUAGUAUUAACGGGAAACUCCAGUUUGAUGUUUUGAUUUAACUUUAAAGACUUUUUAGUUGUCAACAUCCUUAAUUUCAGAAUUUAAAUUGUUUCACAAAGUUUUAUAACAUGUCGUAAUAUAACACUAAAAGUUAAUCGACCGUUCGCUUAAUCAACUGUUUAACGUUCGAACAACUGGGUCCGAGUGUUGUUCUAUAAUCUGCCGCAAAUCGUUACGAUGUUAUCUAUAUAAUAACAUUUUUGAAUCAAGAAAUACUCUUAUAAGUAGACAAGAGGUUCUGCCAAGGUAUAUGAUUUGUGUCCGCUGUUAUGGAAAAAAGAACUACUGCACAGGUCUAUUAUAUACAUGUAGUUCAUUAAAAGUCAUUCACAGCACAAGUGUCAUCUUACGACCUAGGUGUAAGAUGGAGUUUUCCAGCUCCAGUGAAAACAUGGGAAACUCGCGUCCAGUAUGCAAGGAAUAUGGUUUCCAUUGCCUGAAAGAUUUUAGGUAGGUCAUCUUAUGAUUGUUCCAAGAGAUCAUGUAAAAUGAGCUGCGCCAUGAGAAAACCAACAUAGUGGCUUUGCGACCAGCAUGGAUCCAGACCAGCCUGCACAUCCGCACAGUCUGGUCAGGAUCCAGGCUGUUCGCUUUCAAAGCCUAUUGCAAUUAGAGAAACUGUUAGCGAACAGCAUGGAUCCUGACCAGACUGCGCAGAUGCGCAGGCUGGUCUGGAUCCAUGCUGGUCGCAAAGCCACUAUGUUGGUUUUCUCAUGGCGCGGCUCAAAUUAUUAGUGAUACAUUCCAUUUCCUUUGCAUUAUUUUUUUCAGUUGCCUUGUUCCAGGGUGUUAUAUGUAGAAAUAUAUUGAGAAAUAUGUAGAAAUAUUUGGAAAUAAGUAGAAAUAUAUUGGGAAAUAUGUAGAAAUAUUUGGAAAUAGGUAGAAAUAUAUUGGGAAAUAUGUAGAAAUAUUUGCUAUGCAUUAUAGUUAAAAUUGUCAUAUUCCAAAGAAUAAUGUAAAAAUUUAAGCAAUAUUUGCUAUGCUUUAUUUUGUUAAAUUUGCCAUGUUUUUCCAGUGGGCAUAAAUGUUGUUACUGUGAUAUUAUAUAUAAAUGAUAUAAAACAG